AUGUACCAUACGGUGCCAGAAUUUAAUAAGAUGUUGGCGGAUCCUACUAAAACAAUCAAGGAUGUCUUUCUUCCCACGCCUGAGGUGGCUGCCAUUUCCUGGGAAUCUUCAAAGGAGUUUGUGCCGCAGGAUGCCUCUACCAACAUUUUCCUAGCGACGUUCACAACAGCUUGGGCUCGUCUCAAGCUGUAUAGUGAAAUGGAAAAAUUGGGUAGGGACGUCCUGUAUCACGACACAGACUCCAUAAUAUAUGCCUCAAAUGGAAGAAAUGAUCCCCCGUUAGGAAAUUUUCUUGGAGAGUUCACGGAUGAACUGGAGGGUGAUGUCAUCAAAACCUUCGUCUCUGGAGGACCGAAAAACUACGCAUACCAGACGGCCACUGGGAAAACCUGCUGCAAAGUCCGAGGAUUUUCCUUGAACUUCCGGAAUUCUCAGUUGCUGAAUUUUGAAGCCAUAAACGUCUGGUCUGCAGCCUCGACCGAAGUGAGAUCAUCUCUCUCUCCACAACCCCUCCAAAAUCACCCGAGAAGCGAAGAGAAGAAAGGUGAUGAAUAA